AUGGAUUUAAAAAAUAAUGAAAAUAAGUUUAAUGAUACCCUUUCCAAUAUAUUGUCUACAAUUUUACCGGUUGACAAAUCUACAGAAUUAUCUGAAAUUAGUAUCUGGUUGAAUGAUUGUAUAUUAUAUAACGUACCGCAUGGCAAGCGUACACGUGGUUUGGCAGUCCCACAAACUGUCAAGAUGAUUUUGGACAAAAAAUGUAAAAACUAUACUGAUGAGGACAUGGAACUGGCCAGGGUGCUAGGUUGGACAAUUGAGUUUCUACAAGCAGCAUUUAUCGUAAUAGAUGAUAUUAUGGACCAGUCUAUUACGCGCCGUGGUAAACCAUGCUGGUACAAAUUAGACCAUGUUGGUUUAAUAUCAUGCAAUGAUAGUAAUUUAUUGGAACAGGAAAUGUAUAAUAUUCUAAAGAUAUAUUUCCAUGAUAAGCAUUAUUAUCAAAAAUUGGUUGAUCUUAUGCACAAGGUAGCCUCCCGGAUGGCAACCUAUGGACAGUGUAUGGACAUGUUAUCAAACCCAAUAAAUGAGCAACCAGAUUUAAUCCAAUUUACCAGCAACAGAUAUGCCACUAUUGUUAAACACAAAACCGCUUUCUAUUCAUUUGUAUUACCUGUUAGACUGGCUAUGUAUAUGACAUCGUGUGACUCACUGGAUGACCACAAAAGUGCCGAGACCAUAUUACUAAAAAUUGGAUAUUUAUUUCAAAUGCAAGAUGACUACCUGGAUUGUUUUGGAGACCCUGAUACAAUUGGCAAAAUUGGGACAGACAUACAGGAGGGCAAGUGUUGUUGGCCUAUAGUUAAGGCAUUGGAAAUGUGUGAUCAGAAUCAGAGGCAAACACUUGACACUAAUUAUGGCAUAAAUGAUGAGAAAUACCCCUUCACUGAAAAUCAGCUGCUGUUGAGUGAACAG